AAACCUCAAAGGAAAAACGCGAAGAAUAAUUCAUUUCGCCCCCCUAUUUUGCAAUCCAGGUGGAGAGUUUUCAUAACACGCAUUUUCCAUGAACUUUUUGAAGACCUCUCCUAAAACACGCUGGAAUUUGGAUUACACCCACCUUCACCUGUUCACUAGACGCUGACUGCACGCAUACCACGAGCUCAGGCCACGGCAUUCCAAGGCGUUCGCGCCCGCGUGGCCGAGGCCUGGUGAAGGUGACCGCGCCGGGCCAGGGUGGCUCCGGGGCGGUCCGCCCCGCCGGGUGCCCUACGGGGCGAGGAGCAGAGCCACGCCCACUCCCCUCCCUGCUGCACCCUGGACGUUCAAACCGAAUCCCCGCUGGGUUCAACUGUAGGUGCAGCCUGAUUGGAAUGUGGUCGUGAGAAAGGAGGGUGGAUCCAACCGGCGGAGCUUAAGACCGAGUGCGGCUUCUCCGGCGGCUGGGCCCGAGCAGCCGGCGCUUCUUCGUCUUCCCUCAGGAAGAAGGGGCAGCAGAGGAGUUCAGGGCGCGUCGCGGUGGCUCGACAAACGUACUAAGUGCCAGGACGCCUGUGAACAAACGGGAGAGGCCUUCGACCUCAUAGAGCUUCCCUACAGUCUAGCAGCAGGUGUUUGCUGAAGACAACCAGUUCACUACCUCCUGGAAGUGUUUGGUAUUUUCUGGUGCAAACCUUCAAGGAGGAAGCAAACAGGACAAUAUGAGCCAGCAACUGAGGAAAAGGGCCAAGACUAGUGGCCGGAAGGGCUCUGGUGGAAAAGCCCUCAGGAGUGCUAAACCAAGCCAAGCCCAGCAGGCAGAAAUGGAACCUCUCAACACGACAUGGGCCUUCCGUGAUGAUGUGCCCUGUGAGACUGACCAACGAACUGUAGGAGAGGAUGCCUUCCCCGACUGUUACAUAGAAUGUAUAAUCAGAGGUGAGUUUUCUCAACCCCUCCUGGAUGAGGACUCACUUUUUAAGUCUUUUGACUAUUUUAAGGAAGGAUCGGAACAGGAGCUUUCUCAACAGGUUCUUGAAGCAAGCUCUCUUCUUGAAUGUUCUUUGGGAUACAUGGAAAAGGGUGCAGAGCAGGAGCUUCCUCAGCAGGUUGUUGGAGAGAAUGUACUUGGGUAUUCUGAGUACAUGACAGGCAAGAAGCUCCCUCCUGGCGGAAUACCUGGCGUUGACUUAUCAGAUCCGAAACAACUUGCAGAGUUUGCUAAAAAGUCAAAAGAAAAUAAAGAAAGUAAUGCUCCAGAAACAUUCCCUUGUCCUCAGAGUGGAUGCACAAGAAGAUUGAGUAACAGAGCUUCCCUGAAAAAGCAUCUCCUUAUUCAUGGGCCCCGAGACCACGUGUGUGCAGAAUGUGGGAAAGCAUUCUGUGAGAGCUCGAAACUAAAACGACAUUUUCUGGUUCAUACUGGAGAGAAGCCCUUUCAGUGCACUUUUGAAGGAUGUGGAAAGCGCUUUUCCCUGGACUUCAAUUUGCGUACACAUGUACGCAUUCACACUGGGGAGAAACCUUUCGUGUGUCCCUUUGAAGGUUGUAACAAGAGGUUUGUUCAGUCAAAUAAUCUGAAAUCUCACAUCUUAACUCAUGCAAAGAUAAAGGAUCAGUGAAAUAGAAGAUGGAAAGUAGGUCCCCAACAGGAUAAGCAUAUUAACAGAGAGGAGUGACUGGGUACACUUGAUUUUAGAAAUGCCUCUUCGAGUAUUAUUUCUAGGAAGGAGUAUUUUAAUCAGUAUUACAACUCUAAAGGCGUAUUUUUUCUGUUAACUAAAGUGCACCUAUACUUGGUGAUAUCAUUUUCAGAACAUUGUGUAUUUACAAUGUGCUUCCAAGAAGAGGGUCAGUGAUAAGCUUAUUUCAAAAUCAUAGUUUUUAUUCUAUUAUGGAUGAUAAUAUUAUGAGUGAUUGGCUAUCAUACUGAUUUUUGUAUACAAUGAAUGUGAAAAUAACUUUGAUUUUCAAUUUUGUAAUUUCCAAUUAUUUACCUUUACCUUUUAUAAAUAUACUUCAUACUACCUGUGAUAAUUCUGAAGAAUGAAAAUUUUAUAGCACAGUAAAUAAAUGAGUAGUUAAGCAUCUUCAAGUUAAAUAUGUUUUAUUUUUUGUUUGCUUCUUGUCAUGCUGUCACAAUUUGAAAUCAUAGAUAUGAGUGUUGGUUUGGUUUUGUUAAUAGAUAUUUCAAAAUAAAAGGACAAAGACUUAGAAAUCUGCAUUAAAAAACCAAAGUGUGCAUGGAAAAAGAUGCUUCAUGUGAUCUUUAAAAUUAACAAAAGGUUGCAAAGACUGAUGUUCUGUAUUGGCAUCAGAUGGGGGAAACAUUACUGUUACAUAUGUUUGGUUGAGAUAGAAAUCACAGCCAUUUUGGAAGGUAUUUUACAAGUGUGCUGUUAUCCUGCAAAAGGGUUGGCUUAAACAACAGAAAUUUAUUAUCUUGUAGUUCUUAGAGGUUAGAAGUGAAAAAUCAACAUGUUGUCUGGAUUGGUUCCUUCCGAGGGCUGUGUUCUCAUCUUCUCUUGUUCCUUGGUUUGUAAAUGGCUGUCUUUGUGUUUUCCAUGGUGUCCUCUAUCCUCACAUCUCUGUGCCUGUCUGUAUCCAGAUUCCCUUUUACAGGUGCGUCAGUCAUACUGCAUUAGAACUUGCCCUAGUAGCUUCAUAGUCCUUUAAAAAGAAUCAUUAUAAAUAGUCAGGUAUAGUUAAAAUACCCUAAUAGCUAUUGUAAGUUUAAAACCUUUUAAGAAAAAAAAAAACACACACAAUAUGGUUGAAUCAACCUUAAGAUGACUUGGUUUUAGAAAUGUCAAAAUGAAGAAUAAAUAUAUAAAUUAAGUAAAAAUAAAGGACUAAAGUUGUUUCUAUAAACUCUUACAUUUAACUUGUAUUUAAAAUUUAUAAUUUUGUAUGGCAUUUCAACCAUUUCUGUAAAAAUGUGGGUCUUCAGUCUAAAUAAAGAGGACCAUUGAGAACAUAA